GGAAUGUUGCAUUCCUGAUUCCAGCUCCCGACAUGCAUUGCAAUUUGCAAAGUUUCAUUUCAUUUUCAAUUCUUUCUUUGUUUGUUAAUGUUUGUUUUGGUAAGAAGUGUGAUCUUCAGAUUGUGCUUGGUGCAUUAAUAGUUUGAUUUUUGUAUGCUUAGUUUUAAUUUGAAUAACUUUCUGAAAUUAACUAUUAAGCUACCAUAUUUUAUUUUUUGAAAGGGCUUUUGAAAUUGAAAUAAGACAAUGAGAUUGCUUCUAGCUGCUGUACAUUCCAACGACCCUUGACGACUUACCAAAGAAAUCUUUAAAAUUUCAUUAUUUGUUUCGCUGUAUACUCUUCUUGCCUUUCAAAAAUGAGGCCAUCUUUGGAGGCGGAAAUAAUUGACUUGGAAAGGCGAAUUGCUACCUUGGAAGAAAAUAAAAUUGGCAAUUUGAGACGAGAACAUGGCGAGAUCAUUUCAACAUAUGAGAAAAUGUUCGAUACUCUACGAUUUGUGAACUUCAAUAAGGUUCUUAUGAUUUUGAAGAUAAAUAUGAUGGAGAUAAAAUCACUUGAAGAGGACUGUUCCAGAGAAUGUUCCAAAAAUCAACUUGUCAUUCUCUUGCAAAAGGAGACCGCUACAUGCCUUAUGAAAAUGAUUCAAAUAGGUCAAGAAGAAAAUUCUUUACUUUUUGAAAACAAUCAAAGAGUCCGUGAUAGAAUAAGAUUGAAACUUUUGGAAAUUGCAAAGUUGUCCGCUGAAAAGGAUAAACUCCUUGCUAAGACCAGUUCAGGAAGUAAGGUCGUUGUACAGGAGAAGAACAUAAAUCGCUACUGUGUUCCACAGUCUUCAAAAUGUGACAUCUUUUCUGCAACGUACGACACAGCUGGAUAUCACCCAAAUAUCUUGAAGCGGUCCAAGAUUCCAGUAUUGAAACUGCCAUUGACAUCAGUUGUAGAAACUGUCCCAUUCCAAAUAAAAAAGAAGCCAAUCAAAGUUACCAUACCACGCGAUCAUAUAUCGAUGUUGAAGAAAUCCCACCCUGGCAGGGUUGUUAAGCCCAAAGUUACACAGAGCUGCGAAAGAAACAUCAUGCCCAAGGUUGAAAGCCAUAGAUUGGGCGAGAAACAAAAACAAGGAAAACGAACUGUGGUUCGAAAGAGUUCGAAUAAUUUUACUGUAACGAAUUCAAAAAUCAAAUCUGAUUCGAACACCAAAAAUGAUAAUCUCAUUAUUUCAAACCAAAAUAAUGUCGGAAUUAACUCUGGGUGUGAAACACCCAAAACAAAUUCGAAAAUACCUGUGCGUGUGGCUUCAUCAGCAAAAAAAUCUUCUAAAACCAAGGAAAAUAAUGAUUAUGCAGAAAAUUCUACUCCUGCCCUAUCAAAACAUAAUGGGUCUGAUGACAAUCAUAACAUUUCUACCAAGAAUAAUAACAACAACAAUGAUAGUAAUAGAAAUUUGUCAAUAACCGUUGGAGAAGCAGCAGAGGUUUUCAAAACGUUGAAUGAAUAUUGUGAUAAGAUUGAAACAAUGUAUGGACCCCCUUUACCACCAUAUGUCAGCAUUGAGGAGAAGCUGGCCCACAAGAAAAAACCGGUCCUAUGUAAUCCGUGCAUGCCUAUCAAGUUCAGAAGUGAGAAAAAGUUGAGUUCUCCCGAAGUAGUAACUAUUGAAGACAAGUUCUAUGGAAGUAUGGAAUCCAUGGAGUGCGCUGAACAAGAUGGAGUAAAUGAUCGUAUUGAGGAAACUUCGAUUGUUGUCCAUGAGCCUGAAACAGCAGCAAAUGAAUCUCAAGUAUCCACAUUCUCCAUUCAAAGUUCCGAAACUGGAACAACAGUAAUAUCUGUUCCAGGAAGUUCUGUCCAAGAAAGCUCCUAUACAGAGGAUCUAUGUGAAUCAUCUUUCUGUUUGGAGACCUUGAAGUCUGCUUCGAAAUGCCUCACACCUACUAAUGACGAGUUCAGAGCUGGAGGUGACGGUCUUAAUUCUUCCGUGGCAGGUAACUUCCGUUUUCUGGAUUAUGAAUCAGAAAACAAAAGUCCGAACACCCCAGAUGAAAAUGUUCAGUUUAGAACUGAUGUGGAUGAUCACGAGUCACCUAACUCGUCUCUCAUGAUCAACGGCAAACGUCGUAGGAGCGAAAUUUUCCACAUUUCAUUCAAUAGUGACAAGAAAAAAGUCGAUAAAUCCAACUCUCCUUAUGUCUUUAAGGUUGUCUAAGCUUUUUAAGAGCAAUUGAAAUAUUGAUAGAAAAAUCGGCACUGCUAAAUGAAGCAGAAUCGUUCCUUGUUCUGGACAGUUUGCAAUAUUUCUCUUCAUUCCAAUUGAUUAGAACAAAAAAUAUAUAAUUAUUAUGUAUCGUUUGAUAAAUGAUCUUUCAACCGAUUGUUGAACAUUUGAGACUGACUUAUCUUGUCAAGCUAGUACUGUAAUCUUGUACGAGUUUAUUUGAAUGAAGUAUUAUGUUACAUUGUAUUUCUAUUUAGUAAAUAGAUAUAAUUAUCAUAUAUUCUUUCAGCGAUAAUAUUUUAUCCAUAUUGGAUUGUGAGCGCUAAUCAAAAUCCAAAUGAAGAGGUCUCAUUAUUCAUUCUAUUUUAUAUUCACGACAAAAUUUUGAAAAAUAGAUUAUUUUAUUGUUUAUCUCAUCUAUGAUAAUUAUAAGGUUGGAACUAUAAUAUUAUAACUAGCUGACUAGUUGUGACUAGUUAGGCAUUGAUCUCUCAACUAGGCUUUUGUCCGAUCUUCAUUCCAAUGUUGAGUAAAUGACCAUGAAUUGUGAUAAUAACUCCAUGGUUAUAAGAAUUUAAAUGUGAAAUGUGAAGAUGGAGUAUUUAAUAGCCUCGUCCCUUAUGAUAGCAACUUGAAUUGUGGAAAAUGAAGUAAGGCUAUUUUGAAGUGGAUGAUUUAUGUUAAAAUGGUAAUUUUUGCUAUUGUUAUAGUUACCAUUUAUUAAUAUUUGAUGGUGCAAUCGGCUAGUUCAGAAACUUAUUCCAGAAAUUACGUUUGUUCUCAUUUAGAUUAUAAUUUUUUUAUUAUUAUUUGCCCUUGUACGGAUUAUUGGGCAAGAAACUCUUGCAAUAUCAAUAAGAGAUUCUAUCAGAAUAUAGAAUCAUCUAUGUUUGUGAUCGAUGCAUGCUUUCAGUGCACUUUAGAGAAUUAAUAAACUCAUUGCUAUUCACAAGAUUGAAAUUGUUCAAUUGAUGAUGAUUCGAGGGUUUUAAAUCCUUCUUCUAAAAGCGUAUCUAGUUUAUUAUUAAGUUUAUGUUUGUUGUUUGCUAUAAUUUAAUUAUUAUAAGUCUAUUCAAAGAUUUGGGUUUGAAUGAAUAUCGUAUUAUUUAUAAAAUAUCGAUAGGCCUAUAACAGUUUUACCAAGUGUGUUUCUUUGAGUAUGUUCACAGCAAGCCAUCCAAACAUUGUUUUAAAAUUGACUUCAAUUACAUAAUAUCACAUAUCAUCAUUAAAAAAAAUCUCCAUGCUUGUAUGCACAUUCUAGUAAUUACUGAAGCUGUUCAAUUAUCAAUUUGAAGAAUUAUUACGGGUAAAGCUUUUAUAAAAUACAGUUUUAUACAUUAGCUUUAUACAAUAUUGAGUUGCUGUAUCUCUAUGUUGAGUAGAAAUAAUGAAUCAUGCAGAUAUUAUCAUGCUGCUGAUAUCCAAAUGUGGCAUAUUUUUUAUACGCUAUUUCGAAAAUAUAUUAAGUUAUUUCCUUAUAAUUCAAGAAAAUUUAUUAAAUUCUAAACUUUAGAAAAAAUUCCAAUGUUGAUACAAAAAUGAAUAAAGAAUAUUUUUCCAAUACUAUAUAAAAUAUAGUAUAUUAUUACAUUUUAUUUUAUAUAUAUCACAAAUAUAUAUGUCGGAUUAAGUGGAAUGUAAUGUUAUGUAAUCUCGUGUUUUUCGUAGCUCUAGACAGGUUUGGGCACAACUCUUUCCGCGAUUCUCGCCACUGUUUGGUUUGUUUCAGUGGACGCUGUACACUGUCAAUCUCAUUUUCAUAAACAAAUAAUACUAAUUGUGAGUUUUACUACUGCUCUAUAAGGGGGCUGUAACUUGCCAAAACUAAUUUUCCCACUUGAAAUAUGAUUUUGUCAUUUGUGACAUAAUUUGUCCCACCAGAUUUGUAACAUUUAUCAAGUCUGUAUUUGUUAAUAGUGUUCAGUAUAUCAUAAAAUACACAUUGAUCGUUUACUAGAAAUUUGUUGUCAGAUUGGUCAAACGGUUAUUUCCCUUUUCUGGAAGUGUGGUAGACUUUAGAAGCCUACCGAUACUCUGACAUUGGAAAUACCAUAUUGUUUUGAUAGGUUCACUUUCUGGUGAACUUUUCAAUAUAGAUUAGGCCUGUAGUUGCGUUGCUGCUGAUGAGUUGCAAGGAACACUUGGAUUCAUUUUAAGACUCCUAUUCUUUCUCGCUGGUAUUAGUGGUUCUUCUUCUACAUUUUGGUCUGUAUCAAGGACGCAAUGUGAAAAUGCAACCAUUGUAGGAUCUUACUUCUGAAAAGGUCUAUUGAAUUUCACGAGCUCCUUAUUCAUUUUCAACUUAUUCUUAAUUUUAUGGAAAAAUUCCAUAAUUCAAUCCUAUGAGCCUACUACCCCACAAAAUGUGGAGAAAACGAACAAAAUAAAAUGCGAUUUUUUUUUAUUCCUUUCUAGGGUUAAAAGCGAAGCUGUUUUCUUUUGAGUGGCUUGAAUAAUAUUAUUUUAUAUUGAUUAAUACAUAGUUAACUCAUUUGACUAUGCAACUGGUCUCGAAGAUGAUGUUCUCAGGAUAUAAGAAGACUGAUACCUUUCGAAAGACUUGGAAGUAAGACUGAUGAGUUGAUGACUGAAAAUGUGGUAUCUAAAUAUUAUAGUUUAGCAACAUUUCUUAGUGUAUUCCUUACACAUAAUGUGUAAUUCAAAGUAAAUAUUUUAUAACCUAUUUUUAUCAAAUUAAAAUUUAAUGUAACAUUUUUUAUUAUACUAUAUAAGUCCUUUUCAAGUAUUGAUUGUGUUUUAUAAGUACAGUAUUAAUUUUCAUCAGUCGCUGACUCAUUAAGUAGACGUGAGAAAUCCAAUUUUGAUAAAAUACUAGAAAUGUUCUGGUUCAUUUGUGAAAACUAAUUAUUGAGUAAAAUAUGGUUUAUUAUAGUCCCUUGUAACGGGUUUCACAGUCUUGUCAGUCGAGGUAUUGCAAUAUUGAAUGCUAAACAAUAAAUUCUUCAUAAGCGAUUAAAUUUUGCAGUAUCCUUGAAAUACUUCUGUAGUAUGUAUUCUGUUAAUCAAUUUAAAAAUUGAUUUCAAUCAAAUUCCAUAUUCACAUGAUGAUUAUGAAACAUGUCAUCUGAACUUACGUUAUUAGGUACUUUUUGUUGAUGUAUUAUAAUAAAUUAGGCCUACAUUCCAUCCAGUUUACCUACUAUGAUAAAUGUUUUUCUAAAUGAGUUCGUUCAUGUUUAUGAUUAAUAGUGUUUUUACAAUAACUACUGUAUUCCUAUAACAUGUUGUUUCUCGAAGUUGUUAUUGUAAUGUAGCCUAGAUAAUAAUUAUUCCACUUGUUUAUUAAAAAAAUAUCAACCAUUAAACAAUUUUUCUUUCACUAUAAA